UUCUUUCAAAUUUGCACACAAUUCUUUUAUUUUAACCGUCAAUUUUGUUGUCCGCAAAUGUGAACGGUUGAUACAACUCUCUAUAUUCGAUAGUACAAUUUUUGGCAGCAGUAAUCUCCUUUCUCUGGUAGAUUUACAAUAGAGGAAUGUUAGAUACAUGAAAAAUUUGUCAAUUUUGUUGUCCGCAAAUGUGAACGGUUGAUACAACUCUCUAUAUUCGAUAGUACAAUUUUUGGCAGCAGUAAUCUCCUUUCUCUGGUAGAUUUACAAUAGAGGAAUGUUAGAUACAUGAAAAAUUUGUCCGAUAAUGUAGUGGAGGGGAGCGUAAUUCUAAAAGUAGGGGCAUCUACUUUUAUUAGGGACGUUUCUUUCUUUGAUUUAGGAGUAUUUGUUACUCCAUCUUUUGAUUCCAUCAUCUUUAUUAGGGUUUCUUCAUCUUCGUGUACAAUUACUAGGUUUUAUACUCCAUCAUUUAGGAACAGGAAGAAGAUGAAAUGGGAAAUAUGUUACAAUUACGGAGGCAGAACCGCAGGGAUUCUGAUAACAGCAGCAGUAGGAGCAGCAGCAGCGUCGGUGGAGUAAGAAGUGGAAGAAGUUUGUACCGCCCAACCAUGUCUGUCGAGGAAAGGUCAACGUCGUCGUCAUCGGCCCCGUUCCAUUCUGCACCAGCUGAGAGUCGAGCUCUACCUCAGUCCUCCAGUAGAGCUGCAAUUAAUAAUAAGAAGAAGAAGAACAGCAAGUACGACUUCAUACCCGACCACUACUCUACCCUCGAUCAGGUUACCGCUGCCUUGAGAGAAUCAGGCCUUGAGUCAUCGAAUCUUAUUCUUGGAAUAGAUUUUACGAAAAGUAAUGAGUGGACAGGCAAAGUCUCAUUCAACAACAGGAGUCUGCAUGAUAUUGGUGGUACACCUAAUCCAUAUGAGAAGGCCAUUUCUAUCAUUGGAAAGACUUUGGCUCCCUUUGAUGAAGACAACUUGAUUCCCUGUUUUGGGUUUGGCGAUUCUACUACCCAUGAUCAAGAAGUGUUUAGCUUUCACAAUGAUCAUUCCCCUUGCCAUGGUUUUGAAGAAGUCUUAGCCUGCUAUAAGAAGAUUGUUCCAAACUUGCGACUGUCAGGGCCAACAUCUUAUGCACCAGUUGUAGAGGCUGCAGUAGACAUUGUGGAGAAAAGUGGUGGGCAGUACCAUAUUUUGGUUAUCGUAGCAGAUGGCCAGGUUACAAGAAGCGUCAACACAGGUGAUGGGGAACUCAGCCCACAAGAGGACAAAACAAUUAAUUCUAUUGUAUAUGCAAGUUCUUAUCCGCUAUCAAUUGUUCUUGUUGGCGUUGGGGAUGGACCCUGGGAAGACAUGAAGAAAUUUGAUGACAAGAUCCCUACUCGUGAUUUUGAUAAUUUUCAGUUUGUUAACUUCACCACAAUUAUGUCUAAAGAUGCCAGUCCAUCAGAGAAAGAAACAGCAUUUGCUCUUGCUGCUCUAAUGGAGAUCCCCUUUCAAUAUCUAGCAGCCUUAGAACUUGGUCUUCUGGGACGAGUGACAGGAAAAGCUAAGAAAAUAGUUCCACGCCGUCCUCCAGUUCCAUACACUCACCCCUCAGUGCUGCAGUUUCGUGAACCAAGCAACCUUUCAUCACCACCGAUGCGCGACGAACAAAGCCAGGUCUGCCCCAUUUGCUUGACUAAUGGGAAGGAUAUGGCAUUUGGCUGUGGACACUUGACUUGUAGAGAAUGUGGGUCAAGAUUGUCUAACUGUCCCAUUUGCCGCCAGCGGAUUAGCAGCCGUCUCAGGGUUUAUACUGGCUGAUUGCACCUACGAUCUUGGGACAGUUCUUCCUCAACAUGUUAAUAUAUAUUAAGCUUUGCUAUUGUGGUUAGUCUACCUUAAUUUGUUAGUAUUUGUACAUGAAAAAGUGUUUUACAUGAAAGACUUGCACAGUUUGGGAUGGGGUGGGGUGUUUGGCGGGCAGUGUCCGCCACCACUAGUGCUUCACGGUUUCUUUUCAUCUUGCUUGUUAGCGCUUCACGCUUGACUUUCAAUGAUUCUCCCUCCUGUAUCCGUUUCCAAUGUACAGCUUGCUGCAGAAUUAGAGAAGUAUGCAAAAUUUUAGCAUCCUCCAUAA